CCUUCCUCAAGCCUCCAGGGGUUGGACUGCCUGCCGAGGCCUAAUUACUCACCCCAUCACCGUCAAAAUCACUAUCCGACAACAUCCUGGGCGUCGCCGUGUCUCCCCACGACUGCGUCAUCCUCUCAAUCCUUUAAUACUUUUGGACAAGAGUCGGAUCUUUGGACACAGCAGCACCUGUCCUUUGCCGAUACCGACUGGAACCUCGUUUCUAUUGAUCAUGCAUUGCCGUAUCCGACGGGCAUUGACGUAGCAGUCAAUGGCCUGAGUUAUGGCAUGACACCGACCUUUACUUCUAUUUCGGACUCUGUGUCCAACGUGCCUAAUACUUUCACUCCUUCACCUCUUGUUCCCAGUCCGGCAAACUCAGCAAACUCCCAAGACGGAUUCUCCAAUCUUUCCCCUGCAUCUCAAAAUUCAGGAUCCGUAUCAACAUCUCGUUCCAGUCCUGCUAUAUCGCAAGGGGAUGAUGCCUUGACCCGUGUCGAUUCAUCGCGCGUUGAAAAGCGCAGACUCAAUACCCUUGCGGCUCGGCGGUGUCGCCAGAGACGCGUUGACCGAAUGAAAAGCCUGGAAGAUGAGUUGAAAAGUGUGCGGAGAGAGCGGGAUGAGCUGAGGUUGAAGGUCUCCAAGUUGGAGGGCGAAACAGAUGCUCUGAAGGGACUUUUGACCCGGAAAAGCAAGUGA